UAUAAAACCCUUGCUUUCAUUUUCUUUAUUUUCAUACUCAUUACUCAAACAAACAAACAGAAUUUAUAUAUUGGAUUUUGCUUCCCUAGAAUGCAACAGGCUGAUUCAGAAUCACUUGUUUUGGUCUGCGGUGGUGGAGAUGGUGGUGGCGAUCGGAAGAUUGCUUGCGAGACGUUAGCGGAUGGACGUGGAUACGCGCCGGAAGAUCUGGAUAUUCCACACAGCACGGUAGUUGAAGUUACGCCGGAUUUUCCGCCGGAAUCGUUCUGGCUAUCGAAGGACGCCGAAUUCGACUGGUUUGAUCGGAAUGCUUUUUUAGAACGGAAGGAAUCUACUAAAGGAAACUCGAAUUCAAUGAAUUUGAAUCCGAAUGUGAACCCUAGCCACUCGAAUUCGAACUCGCAGAGAUAUUCAAUGACCUUGAAAUCAAAACCUGCGAUUAUUGGAUUACCGAAGACGCAGAAGAUGACUUACGUUGAAUCCAAGCGUAGGCAGUGUAAGCCGGCUAACAUACGGCUAUUUCCGAAGCGGUCGAAUUCCGUCGGAAAGGCUCUGACGACGGUUCUGGUGACGGAGCCGUCUUCGCCGAAGGUUUCGUGUAUUGGGAGAGUUAGAUCGAGGAGGUGCCGCAGCCGUAGGAAGUCAUCAGCACAAGCGAAUCAACCGGAGAAGUCUGCUAGUCAACGAUCAGGAACAAGUAGAUCACACAAAGCUGGCUUUAUGUCUCGUAUAACGUCGUUAUUCCGUUCUGAAGGUCACCGCAGGAAGAAAAACGGUAAAUCCUCAGAAAAAGUCAUUGAACCUGCAGAAAAUUCCGUUUCAAGGAAGAUUUACGUGACUGUGAAGCCCGUUAACAGCGAACCGGAGACGCCUUCUGCACCGCCUGCUUUAGGAGGCAUGAUGCGGUUUGCGUCAGGGCGGAGAUCGGCGUCGUGGGGAGGUUCCGAUGAUGAAGAAGAGGUGGCUGCGCGUCAUUCGUUGGAUUCAGGACGCCGUGGACUAUAGGUUAACUGGUGGGCCCACAGUUGAAGUUUGGUAAGCUGACGUGGAUUGUUCAUAUCGGAAUUUCUGCGUGAUGGAAACAGUCAAAGAUACGAUCGGAGGUUUUUAUGUUCGUUUUCUUUUUUCCUUUUUCUUUUUCUAUUUAUUUUCUGUUUUCAUUCAUAGAGCUGAUUUUUGUAAAUAUUCUUUGGAUUUAGUAAAUUUUGUCUGUAGAUUGGCUAUCACAACAUUGUAAAGAACGGUCUAUUUGUCGA